AUGGCUGACUACGGGAGAAUGGACCCUUUCUCCUUUGCGGGCUCCAAGGAUGUCGACCAUCCCGUGAGCGUCCGAAUAAUGAACUUGGAAGGAGACGAACCGCCAGUCAAGUAUUCGACGCUUCUCGAAAGACCCGAUCUCCGACACGUCGGGUCAAACACCAGCCCACACUCCGAACUUUACGUGACAGUGCAAGUCUGGGCGGGCUCUAAACCUCUUACAGUACCAGUACAAACAGCAUACAAGCCGUUUCGAUCCGAGCGAAAAUGGAACGAAUGGCUAGAGUUACCAAUUACCUACAAGUCACUACCCGCAAACUCUCGUCUCGCCAUUACGAUAUGGGACCUCUCACCCACCGGAGGGAAGCGUGCAAUUGGCCAUUCCAUUCCAUUUGGCGGAACCACCUUGCCCAUGUUUGAUGCCGAUAAUCAGAUCCAAAAGGGCCGCCAGAAGUGCCUGGUUCACAGGCACAGACACGCCGAUGGAACUGACAACUCUAAAACACCUGCUCUUGUUGUUGCUAAGAAGAAGGCUACCCUCCAGAACGGAGGCGGUCCGCUCCUGGAUAAAGACGCUGAAGAACUCGACAGGAUGGAAAAGCUGUUCAAGAAGCAUGAGAUGGGAGAAAUACCACGAGUGGAUUGGCUCGAUCAAAUGGUCUUUCGCAGCUUUGAGAGGAAGGGGCUGCAGGCUGCAAAGUCAUCAAUGAAGAUGCUUCAGCGACAAAGGGCGCUUAACGGGGACAACGAUGGCGACAAUGCUUCGGAUAGCGAUGAUGGCCUUGAUGACGGGCGCCCAAAUACUUCAGCAUUUCUGCUUAAUGUCGAACUUCCUCGAUUCGAUUUUCCUGUUGUAUUUGCUGACCACGAGUACGAUCCGCCACCGAUAUCAGCCUUGCAGCCUCUGUCAGCAUCCCAGGGAACGCUUCCCCUCCACCAGCCGCAAGUCCAAUUUGGUCCGGGAAUCAAUGCCUUGGGAGAGAGCUCAGAUGGAUUCAGCACCAGGCUAAUCACUGUCUAUGACCCAGAGGUGGGCCAGAGAGACAAUCCCGCAGAGGCCAAACAUCGACGGUUGUUCCGUAGCUCUCACCGGCAUGGCAUUUUGGAUAAGGAUCUCAAGCCCAAUGCCAAGGUUCGAGACGAGUUGAACCUGAUUAUGGCAUAUUCGCCAACACACAUUCUGUCACCAGAAGAGGCCGAUUUGGUUUGGAAGUUCAGAUAUCAUCUAACUAGAGACAAGCGAGCCUUGACAAAGUUUGUCAAGUCGGUCAACUGGAGCGACCAGAGCGAAUCGAAGCAGGCGAUACAGGUCCUUGGCCGCUGGACUGAAAUCGACGUGGAUGACGCUCUUGAGCUUCUCGGGCCGUCGUUUGACAACCCGGCCGUUCGGUCGUAUGCCGUGGAUCGCUUGCGCAAGGCCGAUGACCAGGAACUUCUCCUCUAUCUCCUGCAGCUUGUACAGGCCCUCAAAUACGAGCACAUAUCUACGGACUCGGAACAAGAGAGCACCCAAGAUUCUUCUCUGGCCCGCUUUCUCAUACAACGAGCUGCAGCCAACUUUAUGCUGGGCAACUAUUUCCAUUGGUACUUGAUGGUGGAAUGCGACGAUCAUAGCCCUGAACAGGGCAUCGAUAACCGAAACAUCUACCGCAAGGUUGCCUACGACUUUAUGACGGAACUCGUCAAAGAGCCAACCGGAACCGAAGACAGAAAGACGCUUCUCCGCCAAGCUGAGAUGGUUGCUAUCCUUUCCAAGCUGGCCAGCGAAAUCAAAUCGUCCGGCGAGUCGAUAGCGAAGAAGACGGAUCGCCUCAAGAACUUUUUGGCAGACCCCAAGAACGAGCUGUUGACUUUUGACCCGCCCUUGGCCAUGCCGCUUGAUCCCGCAAUCAAGAUUACUGGUGUUGUGCCAGACCAGGUUGCAGUAUUCAAGUCUUCCCUGAAUCCAAUUAAAUGCACCUUCAAAACUACCACUGGUAGCACUUAUCCCAUCAUUUUCAAGCUAGGCGAUGACUUGAGGCAAGAUCAGCUUGUAAUUCAAAUCAUCACACUAAUGGACCAGCUCCUUCAAAAGGAAAACCUGGACUUGAAACUCUCGCCGUAUAAAAUCCUAGCCACCAGCACGACGGCCGGUGCCUCACAAUUCGUCCAGUCGCAAAGUUUGUCCGCUAUAGUCGGCAAAUACAGGGCAAACCCUGCACUUGCCUAUCUCAGACACCACAACCCAGACGAUAGACAGCCGCUCGGGGUACGACAAGAGACGCUAGACACAUACAUCAAGUCAUGCGCUGGUUACUGUGUCAUCACCUACAUUCUCGGCGUUGGCGACCGCCACCUCGACAACCUUCUCCUCGCACCCGAUGGCCACUUUUUCCAUGCUGACUUUGGGUUUAUCCUCGGCCGCGAUCCAAAACCCUUUGCGCCCUUGAUGAAGCUAUCCAAGGAAAUGGUCGAAUGCAUGGGCGGAGUUAAUUCUGAACUAUACAACCGAUUCAAACAAUACUGCUUCCUCGCCUACACUGCUCUACGAAAAUCGUCAAACCUUAUCCUCAACCUGUUUAGUCUCAUGCUGCACGCCAAUAUCCCCGACAUUCGAUUGGAGCCUGACAAAGCCGUCAUGAAGGUUCGCGAGAGAUUCCACCUGGAACUUAGUGAGGAGGAAGCCAUUGUGUACUUUGGCAAUGUCAUUGAGGGUACAUUGACGGCGUUUGCACCAGUGGUAAUCGACAAACUGCAUGAGUGGGCACAGGCGUUGCGGGCAUAG